AUGGGUGAUUAUCGACCACGACGAGGAGGUGGAGGAGGUGGUUUCAACAAUAGAAAGCGGAGAAACAGAGACGACGACGAUAACUACGAUGGCGGUGGUAGGUACCAGCGACGAAGAUACGAGGAGCCCCCAGCCAUUAAGCUCAGGAAGCAAGUCAUUGGUAUCGCAGAAUUACCACAUCGAAGAGUGGAAGAGGACAUCAUGAACAGCGCCAAAACUAUUGCAGACAACUACUUUGACACCGACUUGACAAAUGGGUUCCUCGAUAUAGCUGUCUCCCUGUCCCUGGAGCAACCUCUGAAGAUUCCAUUCGUCGCAGCGAUCGUCCUUCAGACGAACACGCAGAAGCCAGAGUUCACAGAAGAAAUACUGAAGAAGUUCGGCGAGGAGUUGCAGAAAAAGAUCAAUGAAGGUCAUUGGAGAGAUGCUAAAUUGCUCCUGCGCUUCUUAGCCUGUCUGCAAGGUCUGUUCAUGGGCGAUGGAAUCUUCCCGCUCCUUGAGGAGCUUUUCGGUCGUGCCGCAGACCUGCAGACAGCCUCCAGCGAAGAUACUCUCGGUCUUGAACUCGUGAAAACCAUUCUAUUGACCAUCGCGUAUACUAUGGCCUCAUCCGCCACUGAAUGCGAAGCUCAGGCUGCCUCUUUGCUCGAUCAGACCUCCAUCAUCGCCUCCGGGCCACCCCACAUACUCGAGAAUCUAGUCGAUCCAUAUCCUUCUUCCGAGUUGGGUGCUCCUCCAAGCCUCGAGAGCGUUCUCUCACUACUGCAAAAACACAUGCAAGUAGAGGCCAAGAAUGGGUGGAUGUUGCCCUGCUUGCCUCGUCCAUGGAAAGGCUCACGUCCUGCCGGGGAGGAAGAUUUGCUUGCAUCUGCUCAGAAACACCCUUUUCCCUCCAUAAACCUGCCCGAAACUCUUUCGACCGGCCACAAACAGCUUUUCCCAGAAGUCUACUUCUCGGUAUACGCAGAUCAAGACAUUGAUACCGUCCCUCCGGCGUCGGACCCAAGCGCACUACUCAUCAGAGAUGCCUUAUCCGACGCCAUCAACGUUAUGCACAUUAAUAGAUUUGUAGCAGGAAAAGUCCUCAUCGACAUGGACCAGUACUUCGCUCCGGACACAUUCGUCAAGCGAGCCACAGCAUUUGACAAGAUCAGGGAAGUUGCAGGUGACAAGAGUGCGUGGAAACCCGAGGACGUUAUUGUUGACGCGACAUUCUCUCAACUACUACAGUUACCUUUGCCCGAGCACAAAGCGGUCUUCUACCACUCUGUCUUGACCGAAUCUUGCAAAGUCGCUCCAGCUGCGGUCGCUCCGAGUCUUGGUCGAGCUAUUCGAUAUCUCUACCGUAACGUCGAUAGAAUGGAUCUCGAACUCAGCCGACGCUUUCUCGACUGGUUCUCCCACCAUUUGAGUAAUUUCGGCUUUACAUGGAAGUGGUCCGAAUGGGUCAAUGAUGUGGAGCUGCCUGACAUCAGUCCAAAGAAAGCCUUCAUCCUUGACGCUCUCGACAAGGAGAUCAGAUUGAGCUUCGCACAGAGAAUCAAAGGUGUUCUCCCUGAGCCGUACCAAGCCCUGGUUCCGCCCGAGAAGGAGAAAGACACGCCUGACUUUGUUUACCAAGACCCAUCGACCCCUUUCGCUGACCAAGCUAUGGAGCUUGUCAAGAAGAUACGACAAAAAGCAUCUGACGAUGACAUCGCUGGGAUUCUGUCAGACAUUGAACAAGAAGCAUCAAAAGCAGGUCUAGCAAAUCCGAAGGUCACUUCGACAGAUGUGUACAUGACGUCGAUCCUUUUCGUUGGCAGCAAGUCCUUAUCACAUGUGCUAGCCAUCAUUGAACGAUCGCGCGAACGUCUUUCUGCUAUUGCCAACCAAGACGCCGAGUGCCGCAAGCAAAUUGUCGGUUCGGUACUCGAUUUCUGGAAAUUCCAAAUUGGCACGGGUGUGGUCUUGGUUGACAAACUUCUCAAUUACGGCAUCAUUACCCCAAUGUCGGUGGUAGAAUGGGCCUUGAUAGAUCGCAUUGAGCGAGGAACAGUUCUCACGAAAGAUUGGUGCUAUGAAGUGAUCAUGAAGACCACCAGCAAAGUCGUGUCUCGCGUACGACAAGUCGUUGCCAAAGUGAGGGACCCACGAUUGAGUGACGAGGAGAGAAGCACGUUACAGGCUGCAUUAGACAAAGAGCUAAAUGAUAUGAAAGACCUGUUUGCUGCAAUCGAGGAUGCUGUUGGUAGUAUAGCAUCAGCAAGCGAAGAUGGCAUGAUCGAGAGCAGUGAUGCACUGAGAGCGGAAGAAGAGCAGAUACUACGAGAGUGGGGUGCUAAGUGGCUCAGGGUGUUUCGCCGACGGUCCGCAGUUGAACAAAACUGGGUGAAAGAGGAAAUGGCGAAGCCACUUCCUGCUUUGCCCGCCGAACCGGAACCGACUACGAAGAGCACGGAGGUGAAGAUGGAUGAUGCACCAGCAAGUAAAGCAAAUGGAAAUUCAGAAGAGCAAAGGGGCGCAUCGAGAGGUGGUGAUAUGGAUGAAGACGGGAUAGAGUGA